AUGGUUUAUGUCGAUGUCGAGGAUAUCUCAACUAAACUGGGAGAAGCAGAUAUAAUAGCUGAGAAAAAAAGCCUCGAUCUAAGCCUUUAUACUAUAAUCUCUACCCGAGAGGCGGAAUGGAGCAAAAUACCAGAAUCAAAGUAUAACAGUCUGCAUAAAGAGAUUCUACCGGAUGCAAAUGGAGCUGCGUACUUGAGCAAGAAAGUUAAGGGGAAAAUGGACAAAGAAACAUGGGCAAGAAUUAGGUGUGGAAACAUAGGCAGGGCUGGCAAAAAGGGAUAUAAAGAUUGGAGCUGUAGACUAUUUGGGGGAUGGGUGGAAACUUUAGCACACAUCUGCAUCUGUAGUCAAGCUUGGAGAUUACAAGCAGAUGAAACCAAAAGCUUUAUGGAAAUAUGGAAAGGUAAUCGGCUAGAAAAUGAGAUGCGUAGUUUGCUUGUAGAAACACUGACAGGCGAAAUAAUUGAGGAAUUAUGUACGUUUGUAAGAGUGAUUGAAAAUAAGUUAAAAGACUGUAAAUGAGUGUCAUGUCAAAAUGUAAGAUGUGCGUUGAUAUUUAAUGUAUGUUCUGUUGUGAUCUUAGGGAAUAAGACAAAAUGUAACUCUAUGUAUUGUUGCAAAUUGCAAAUAUCCUGUAAGGACAUGCAAUGAAAUAAAAAAAAAAAAAAAAUUUACAAUAGUGAAAU